AUGUCGGGACGAGGAAGAGUUGGACGAGGGAGAGGACAAGGUAGACGAGGGAGAGGACAAGGUGGACGAGGGAGAGGAGAAGCUGGACUAGGGAGAGGGCAAGGUGGACUAGGGAGAGGAGAAGCUGGACCGGGACAAGGUAGAAGAGGUAGGGGUAGAGUAAGAGCUGUAAGAGUAAGAGCUGUUGUUACAGAUGAAAUAAGAGCCACUAUUAUUGACCACGUGAUAAACCAUGGUCUGUCAUUGAGAGAGGCAGGUGAAAGAGUCCAGCCCAAUCUUAGACGGUCAACUGUGGCAUCCAUUAUCCGAAUUUUUCAACAAACCAACAGAACACAACGACUUCCUUGCUCUGGGGGAAGAAGAAAACUGCUCACUGAGGACCAAGAGCAUGCUAUUGUAGGGUGGGUUAUAGCUGACAAUGCAAUAAAACUUAGAGAAAUUCAAUCCAGAAUUGUACAGGACAACCUGGUAUUCCAGAAUGUGGAAAGCAUCAGCCUGGCUACCAUCACUCGAACUCUGAACAAACACAGAAUUCGAAUGAAACAGCUGUACAAAGUGCCCUUUGAAAGAAACAGUGAGCGGGUCAAGGAACUCCGACACCAAUAUGUCCAGAGAGUUAUGGAGUUGGAGGCUAAUCAGACACCACAUAAAUUCAUUUAUGUAGAUGAGGCAGGAUUUAACCUGGCAAAAACUCGUAGACGAGGAAGAAAUCUGAUUGGAAAAAGGGCCACUGCUGAUGUUCCGGGUCAAAGAGGAGCAAAUAUCACAAUGUGUGCUGCAAUCUCAAGUGCUGGUUUGGUCCUGCAGAAAAGCCAGAUCGGUCCCUUCAACACAGAGCGCCUUCUUUUGUUUUUAGAUGACCUCCACCAACAACUGGUACCAGCAGCAGAAAGGGAACAAGUAGGAGGAAACAUGAGGACAUUUGUGAUUGUAUGGGACAAUGUAGCGUUCCACCAUUCACAUGCAAUCACAAAUUGGUUUGCAGCCCAUCUGAGAAUGAUUUCUCUUUUCUUCCUCCGUACUCUCCUUUCCUCAAUCCUAUUGAGGAAUUUUUUCUGCCUGGAGGUGGAAAGUCUAUGA